AUGGAGUUUGAUCGUUCAGCGGAUGCUCAAAUUGAAUUUUCUUCAAAGUCGACGAAAGGAGUAAAAGUGCAUGCCACUUUUGAGAGCAUGAAGUUAAAACCAGAGCUUCUCAAAGGUAUUUAUGCAUAUGGCUUUGAAGCUCCGUCUGCAAUUCAAAGCAGGGCUAUCAUGCAGAUUAUUUCGGGUAGAGACACCAUAGCUCAAGCACAAUCGGGAACAGGAAAAACUGCCACAUUCUCGAUCGGUAUGCUUCAGGCAAUCGAUUGGAACGUACGCCAAUGUCAGGCGUUGGUACUUUCGCCUACUAGAGAGCUUGCUAUUCAGAUCCAUAAUGUUAUUCGAAAUUUGGGCACAUAUAUGAACAUCCAUACCCACGCUUGUAUAGGAGGUAAACAGGUUGGCGAUGAUUUGAAAAAGCUUAACCAAGGUCAACAUAUUGUGAGCGGGACACCUGGUCGAGUACUAGACGUCAUUAAGAGAAGAAACUUGGCUACUAGGAACGUUCAGAUGCUUAUAUUGGAUGAGGCCGAUGAGCUCAUGACCAAAGGUUUCAAGGAGCAAAUUUACGAAAUCUAUCGUCAUCUUCCGUCUACUGUUCAAGUAGUAGUGGUUAGUGCCACACUCACCAGAGAAGUUUUGGAGAUAACUUCUAAGUUUACUACUGAUCCUGUGAAGAUUUUGGUCAAAAAGGAAGAUGUCACGUUGGAAGGAAUCAAACAGUAUCACAUCCAGUGUGAGAAAGAGGAGUGGAAGUUCGACACACUUUGUGAUUUGUACGAUUCCUUGACAAUAACGCAAGCAGUGAUUUUUUGCAACACAAAGAGCAAAGUGAACUGGCUUGCAGACCAACUUCGGAAAGCUAAUUUUGCUGUUUCUUCAAUGCAUGGUGAUAUGAAGCAAGAGGAGCGAGACUCGAUCAUGAACGAUUUCAGAACUGGUAAUUCGCGUGUUUUGAUAUCGACAGAUGUAUGGGCACGUGGAAUCGAUGUGCAACAGGUUUCAUUAGUUAUCAACUAUGACUUGCCUCUAGACAAGGAGAACUACGUGCAUCGUAUCGGACGUUCGGGUCGUUUUGGACGUAAAGGAGUGGCGAUAAACUUAAUCACAAAGGAUGAUGUUGCUGAAAUGAAGGAUUUGGAAAGAUACUACAAGAUCCGUAUUAGGGAAAUGCCACUGGAUUUAUCCAGCCUUUGA